AUGCAGAUUUUGGUGUGGCUUGUCGCUUCACUUUUAUGCCAGAAUGUGGUCUCUGUACCGACCAGUGCAAAUGGAGACACGUCGAAUGGGAAUAAUAAAAUGAUCAGCCAUGCUCGAGCCACUCGGCCAGUCUCGAAAACAAAUUCAACCAACAAAAAUGUACCAAAAAACAAGAAGCCAGACAGAAAGGCAUCCGUUUCGGCAUUUAUCAUCAACGGACGAACAACAAAACGCGGAGAAUUUCCUCACCAAGUUGCGAUCUACAUGGACGAAGAGCAUUUCUGCGGCGGAUCGCUAAUUUCCAAUACACACGUGCUCACCGCUGCUCACUGCGUAGCUACCUAUAAAUCGUUCGAACUCAUAUUUGGCGCCAGCAACAGAGAUGGAUCGGACAGUGGCGUUGUCAGAAUGAAAGCUAAAAAUAAAAUUCAACACCCGUCUUAUUCGACGUUUAGCCUGGUGAAUGACAUCGCUCUCCUUGUGCUUCCGAAGCCUGUUAAAUUUACAAGUGCUAUAAAAAAGAUAUCUUUGGCAUCCCCCACGCAGACGAAAAAUCUUCUUCAGAAAGGAGCAUUGAUGACGGUUGCUGGGUGGGGAAAAACGUCAGAUGCAGAAGAAACAAUUGGGGAUGUACUUCUAUCGGCAACGUUGAGGGUAUUGAGUAGCCAAGAGUGCAAUCGCAUUUACGGCUAUGAAAACUACAUGCCGACUGCUCAGUCAAGCAUUUGCGUCAUCGGCAACAAGCAAAGCGCUACAUGCCAGGGAGACAGCGGUGGUCCUGUUAUCAUGAAGGAAAACAAUCUGCUCUACCAGGUGGGCAUUGUUUCUUACGGAUCAGCGAACGGCUGUGAGGCGGGAGACCCCGAGGUGUUGACCAGAGUCGCAAGUUACCGCAACUGGAUUUCCAGCGUGACGGGUGUGAAGAUUUAAAGCCGAUACACGUGCAGCAGCAAUUUACAUAUUCAAUGAUUGAUCAGGAUGUAAAGUAUUCAAAUAAAGAUGGUUUUAUGUCAACUGAAAAUUUAAUAAGCUUCACCCAAAUUGUAGAAAAAAACUAACAAGUACAUAAAAUAAAAUGAAAGUGUUGACA